AUGGCAGCGCUGAAUGUGUGGAUCGUGGGCACAUUGGUAGCUCUCUCUCUCGGCUUGUUCUUGCUGCUAAAAAUCAGGAGAAGAAGAGAGGGGGAGCCUCCCAUAGAAAAUGGUUGGAUUCCAUACAUUGGUUGUGCUCUAGAAUUUGGUGCUAAUCCUCUGAAGUUUCUGCAAAUUCGCCAGAAGAAAUAUGGAGAUGCUUUUACAUGUAAAAUAGCUGGGAACUUCAUCACUUUCAUCACUGACCCCUUCUCAUACAGCUCUGUAAUUCGACAUGGAAAAAAUCUGGAUUUUCAGACCAUUGCAUUAAAAAUUUCAAGACGGGUGUUUGGACAUGCAGAUUUUACAGAUGCUAAAUAUGGGAUAAGCUACGACGAGAUUCAUCAAAUCUUCAACAAGACUCUGCAGGGAAUCUCUCUGGGCCCUCUGGCCUCAAGCAUGAUGGAAAACCUCCAGUUUGUGAUGUUACAAGACAAGAAAAUAUCAGAUUCUAGAAACUGGACCACUGAAAGUCUUUAUGAAUUCUCAUACAAGAUAAUGUUUGAAGCUGGGUAUUUAACACUAUUUGGAAAAAAUGAACAAGUGAUGAAACACAAUAAGACUGAAAAGAUAAAGACUCAGCACGCUGCCAUUCAGUCUGUCAUGGAGAACUUUAAGGUGUUUGACAAUGCAUUUCCUCUUUUAGCUGCUGGUAUUCCAAUUUUAUUUUUGAAAGUUGCCAAGCAAUCCAGAAUGGCGCUCGCAGAAGCAUUGCUGCACAAAAACCUAAAACAAAAUGACAAUAGAUCGAGCCUCAUAGAGGAAAGAAUGGCACUUUUUGAUCGUUCCCCUGAACUUGAUGAACUUGGCAAAGGGAAGACUCAUACCACAAUGCUAUGGGCCUCACAGGCAAAUACACUUCCUGCUGCCUUCUGGAGUGUUUAUUAUUUACUAAGGUCUCAAGAAGCACUGAAAGCAGUGAAAAAUGAAAUUGAAAACUUGCUUUGUGUGACAAAUCAGAAGCCUGGUGACAUUAAUAAUCCGAUUAUCUUCACAAGAGAACAAUUAGAUAGCAUGACAGCUAUGGGUAGUCUAAUAAAUGAAAGUCUACGCUUAUCAAGUGCAUCAAUAAUGCUGCGUGUUGCUACUGAGGACUUUUUCCUAACUCUGGAUGGUGGUGCAAAGCUGGCUAUUCGAAAAGGAGACCAAAUUGGUUUAUAUCCUCAACAACUACAUUUUGAUCCAGACAUUUAUGAGGAUCCCUUGGUAUUUAAAUAUGACAGAUUUAUGGAUGAAAAUGGAAGAGAGAAGACCACAUUCUACAAAAAUGGUAGAAAGCUGAAAUAUUACCUCAUGCCUUUUGGUUCUGGAACCAGUAUGUGUCCUGGUCGCUAUUUUGCAAUCAAUGAGAUCAAACAGUUUCUGGCUUUGUUGCUGUGUUAUUAUGACAUGGAGCUGCCUGAUGCCUCAGCACCUAUCCCACAGCUUGACAACUCCAGGGUUGGAUUUGGAAUUCUGCAACCAUCACAUGAUAUUCAGUUUUGUUAUCGUAUGAAAUAA